CACAAACACAAACAUGGCACUCUCAGCGGACGACCUUAUUCGUCUCGUGGAAUCGUCGCCUGGCGCAGCAACUGCCGCCUUGGCAGAAUUGGGGGGCACCGAGGGUGUGGCGUGGAAUCUGAAUGUGUCGCUUGAACACGGUCUCAAUUCCGCCGACGACGACGAUUUGGAGGACCGUCAACGACGAUAUGGCAAAAACUACGUCGAGCCAGAGUCUGCCAAAACAUUUGUGCAGCUCAUGUGGCAUUCCUUUCAGGACUUGACCAUGAUGGUGCUGGCCGCCGCAGGUUUCGUGUCGUUGGUGCUGGGGUUCGUUCCGUUCACGGCGUCUACUCCGGCAGCUGGUCGGAAUUUGGCAGCAGGCUCUAGUCAUGCCUGGAUCGAAGGGGUGGCUAUCCUCUUCGCCGUGUUCAUUGUCGUGUCCGUGUCCGCCAUGAACGAGUAUCAGAAAGAAAAGCAGUUCCGCGCCUUGAAUGCAGUCAAGGAGGACGAAACGAUCAAGGUCAUUCGUGACGGCGUGCCCGCGGAAGUGAGCAAGUUCGACCUGGUCGUGGGGGAGAUUGUCCGCGUCGAUGUCGGCGACAUCGUGCCCGCGGAUGGGUUGGUGUUUGACGAAACGGACUUGCGUGUGGACGAAAGUUCCAUGACGGGCGAGUCCUUGUUGGUCGUCAAGAACAGCAAGUCGGCUCCUUUCUUGCUCUCGGGCACCAAAGUGAUGGAAGGCGUGGGCAAGAUGCUCGUGAUCUGUGUGGGGUCCAACUCCCAAGCCGGCAUCAUUGCCAGCUUGAUUCGCAACGGCAACCACAACCACAACGCGACCGUUUCCAAGACCAAUGGAGGCAGUGCCGACGAGUACACGUUGGUAAGCAGCCCCAAAGAAGGACUCGUGGAGCAGAAGCUGACCACGGACUUGCAAAACCAAGAACCCGGCUCGCCAUUGCAAGGAAAGUUGGACCGGCUAACCAUUUUUGUCAGCAAAGUGGCCAUCACGGUUGCAGUUCUCGUGUUUGCCGCCCUCGCCGUUCGGUAUUCGAUCGUCAAGUUUGCGAUCAACGGCGAAGAGUGGAGCCAGGCGUUUAUCGGAGACUUUGUCAGUCACUUUAUCCUCGGCGUCACGAUCUUGGUGGUUGCAAUUCCGGAAGGUCUACCGUUGGCCGUGACGAUCGCGCUGGCGUUUUCCGUGAAGAAGAUGCUCGAGGACAACAACUUGGUGCGCCACUUGUCUGCGUGCGAGACCAUGGGAAGCGCCACCACCAUCUGUUCCGACAAGACCGGCACCCUCACCACCAACCGCAUGACUGUUGUCCAUUGCUACAUGAGUGGCAACGAAUACGAGUCAUUCCCAACCCUUCAGCUCCAAAUGUCGCCAACAACGAAAGCCAUCUUAUGCGACUCUAUCUGCUUCAACUCGACGGCCGAGAUUCUGCCGCCCAAGCAAGUGGGGGCGCAACCCGAACACACGGGCAACAAGACCGAGUGUGCGCUGCUUCAGUUUGUAGCCGACCUCGGCGAGCAUUACGCCGACGUCCGCAAAGCGUCGCACAUCUGUCACAUGCUCACGUUCAGCAGUGCCAAGAAGCGCAUGUCCGUGGUCGUGCCUCUGACCGCAUCGAAGUGCCGCAUCUUCACCAAGGGCGCUAGUGAAAUCGUUUUGGAGUUGUGCACGUCGCAGCUCAACUUGGACGGCACCACGUCCGCGUUUGGUGCUGCGGAACGUAACGCUGUCAAGGACAACAUCAUCGAAAAGUAUGCAUCGCAAGCCUACCGCACGUUGAGUCUAGCGUACCGUGACGUGGACGCAUCUCCGGAAGUGGUCAAGAACUGGUCGGACGAAGAGAUUGAGACGGACCUGACGUGCAUUUGCAUCGUCGGGAUCGAAGACCCGGUGCGCGACGAAGUGCCGGAAUCCAUUCGUCAUUGUAACGAAGCGGGCAUUGUCGUGCGCAUGGUGACGGGCGACAACAUUGCAACCGCAAGGUCCAUUGCGCUCAAGUGCGGAAUCAUCAGUCCCGACGACGGGUCGCUGGUGAUGGAGGGGUCAGAUUUCCGCGCUCGUGUGUUGGACGCGAACGGAAACAUCAAUCAGAGUGAGUUUGACAAGAUCUGGCCCAAGCUUCGCGUGUUGGCUCGGUCGAGUCCCAAGGACAAAUUUACUCUUGUGAGUGGUCUUCAAGUUGCUGGUCAAGUGGUGGCAGUGACGGGCGAUGGGACGAACGACGCCCCGGCUUUGAAGAAGGCGGACGUCGGGUUUGCGAUGGGGAUCUGCGGCACGGCGGUGGCCAAGGACGCGUCGGACAUCAUUCUCAUGGACGACAACUUCCGGUCGAUCGUGAAUGCAGUCAAGUGGGGCCGCAACGUGUACGACUCGAUUUGCAAGUUCCUCCAGUUUCAGCUGACGGUGAACGUGGUCGCUGUGACCAUGGCCAUGACUGGCGCGGUCGUGUUGGAAGAAUCGCCGCUUACUGCGGUGCAGUUGCUGUGGGUCAACUUGAUCAUGAACGCGUUCGCUUCGCUCGCGCUCGCGACGGACAUGCCUACGGACGCGAUGCUCCACCGAAAACCGUAUCCCCGCAACAAGGCACUGCUUUCUCAAACAAUGACCAAGCACAUCUUUGGCCAAGCGGUGUAUCAGCUCACGGUGCUGAUGCCCCUGACCUUUGUAGGCGACAGCCUCUUAGGUAUUGAGUCUGGCCAGAAGUACAAGCGAGGGGGGGCCACUGGCCCCACAUUGCACUACACGAUGGUCUUCAACACGUUUGUGCUGUUUCAACUGUUCAACGAAAUCAACGCCCGGCGCAUCCACGACGAACCAAACGUGUUUGAAGGGAUUUCGCGCAACCGAACGUUUGUCGUCAUGGCCAGUGUGCAAGUGAUUCUGCAAGCGUGCAUCGUUCAAUUUGGAUCUGUCGCGUUUGGGUGUGUGGCCCUGAAUGCGACGCAAUGGGCGAUUUGUGUCGCGAUCGGCUCCACGUCGCUUCCCGUGCGAUUUGCAUUGCGCUGGUUCUCGGCGAGGUUGAUGCCUCAGUGGUGACCCUAGAUAACACACCUUAAAAUAUAUGUUAUCAUUUAGAAGUGG